CAUAGGUAUAGUAGAAUGGGGGAUGAACCUCUAACCCCCGCGGGAAGGCUGUUCUUGCAGCCAGAAAUGAACCAAAUAAUCCACUGCGUUUUAGGUCUCAAGAACCCUAUCGAUAUUGACUCAGUCAAAUCUCUAAUCAGUGACUCAGUCAUGCUCAAACACCCAAGGUUCACCAGUCUCAUGGUCCGUGAUCAUCGAGGAGUUGAGCACUGGCGCCCUACCCAAAUUCACAUUGACAACCACCUCACCGUCAUUCAUGACCCACUUUCCGAUCAUUCAUCAGCCAUCAAUGACUACCUCGCCGAUUUAUGCACGACGACCAUAAGCAUGGACAAACCCUUGUGGGAAAUCCAUAUCCUGAAGGCUCACAAGUGCGUCAUAUUUCGAAUCCACCACUCCCUCGGGGAUGGGAUUUCAUUGAUGUCGAUGCUCCUCGUCGGCUGCAGAAAGGUCCAAGAUCCUCACGCCCUCCCUGUCAUAUCAAACCCUCAUUCCGUCAAGAGGACCAAUUUCAACUUCAAGGAUCUCCUGCUCACCAUCUGCUUCUCCUUUAUCUAUGCCAUUCAAUUUAUCGUCAAGUGUCUUUGGAUUCGUGACUACAAAUCCCCCAUUACCGGAGGCGCUGGGGUUGAGCUCUGGCCAAGGAAGAUGGCUACUGCUUUCUUUUCCUUGGAAGACAUGAAAACUGUCAAGGCCGCUGUUCCUAAUGCGACCGUAAAUGAUGUUCUAUUUGCAAUCAUAUCAUCUGGGAUAUCAAGAUACCUGGACUUACGUGAGCCUAGUGGGCUGCGAGAUGGAAUUCAGCUAACAGGAUUAGCUAUGGUCAACCUAAGGAAGCAGUCAGGAUUGCAGGAUUUGCCCAAUUUGAUGAGAAGCAAUUCAGUAGCAAGGUGGGGUAACAAAUUCGGUGUUAUUCUACUGCCUAUAUACUAUCAUAGAAGCAGCAAUUCAGAUCCUCUAGAAUAUUUGAAGAGAGCCAAAAAAAUGAUUGACAGAAAGAAGCAAUCUUUGGAGGCUCAUUUCUCAUACAGAAUUGGAGAUUUGAUAAUGUCAACUUUUGGUCCAAAGUCUGCCAGCUUUCUAAAUUACCGGAUAAUCUGCAACACAAGCUUUACAAUCUCAAAUGUUGUUGGACCACAAGAGGAGAUUAUGAUCGGAGACAAUCCUAUAACGUUCUUAAGGGCAAAUAAUUCAGCCCUGCCUCAUGCACUGAUUUUGAAUAUGGUGAGCUAUGCUGGAAGGGCAGACAUGCAAGUGCAGGUGGCCAAAGACAUCAUCCCCGACCCUGAGUUUCUUGCCAAAUGCUUUGAAGAUGCUUUGCUUGAAUUGAAGGACCGGGUUACGGCCAAAAUUUAGCGUUUUGAGAAAUUUGUUUUGUUCAAUAUGGUCACAAAUGUUGAAGUUUUUUCUUUUAAAGUCAAAUAUAUGAAUGCAUUCAUUAAAGUGGCUCAGUGGGAGAUCCGAGUCAAUAAUAGAGGAAAUACACCUCGUGACUCUUCUAUCCACUCUUGAUCAGGGUGUAAUAUAGAGCACUUUGCUAAUUGGUGAGCUGAAUAAUUAGUGUUUCAGACACAGAUAUGCUAAUAGAGUAGUUUGUUGCCUUAUAUCUUC